AUGAAUAAAUUGAUUCCAGCAAUAGUCUCAGAUAUUGAUGGAGUAUUGAUUAGAGGAAAGUCAACCGUUACAAAUUCAGAUAUAGUAGUUAAGGAAUUAUUGAAUUGUCAUUAUACAAAUGGGGAAAAACAUAAUAUUCGUAUUCCCUUCUACUUAUUAACAAAUGGAGGAGGAUGCACAGAAUUGUAGAAAGCUAAUUCUUUAAACAAAAUUAUGGGUACAGAUUUUAAAAGCCAUCAUGUUUUUCUAAAUUACACUCCUCUAAGACCAAUAAUGAAUGAAUACUAGAAUAAAUUAAUUUUAAUUUGUGGAGCUGGUAAACUCACAGAGAUAGCAAAGGAUUGUGAAUUAAAAUAUUUUUACACAAUAGAUGAAUAUUCAGCAUUAUUUGAUUAAGUUCCUUUUAAAGAAUAUGAAACUGAAACUAUUAAACAAUAUGAGGCUGAUAUCAAAUAAAGGAACAUGGAUUUGAUUAAAAAUAAAUAAAUUGAAGCAAUAUUUAUAGUUUUUGAUCCGAUUAAAUGGGAAGAAAGUAUAUAGACAAUUACAAAAUUGGUGUAAGAAAAUAACAAUUUACCAAUUUAUGUAGUCAAUAAUGAUAUUACGUAUGCUGAUAAUUUUAAGUUACCAAGAUUGGCAUUUGGAACAUUUACAAAUGCACUGAUAUCUAUUUUAAAAAAAGAGCAUAAUAUAUUUCCAAAUAUCAUAUAUUAUGGAAAACCAUCUAUAAAUACAUUCAAAUAUGUACAAACCUAUAUAAAUGAAAAACAUGAAAACAUAGGUAAUAUUUAUAUGAUUGGGGAUAAUCCUGCAAGUGAUAUAAGAGGAGCAAAUUAAAUUGGAUGGCCAUCUAUUUUAGUGAGAAGUGGAGUAUUUAGAGGUAGUGAAAAUGAUGUAUAAGACCCUGGAAAAUAUGUUGUAGAAGAUUUAAUGGAUGCAUAUAAUAAGAUAUUGUAAUUAGAAGGAUUAAAAGUUGUUUAAUGA